UCCUGUACCUGUCGAUUUGGGUAUCUGGUCAAAGGCAUAUCUCAGAAAUAUGAAAUAUUUAGUGCUCGCCGCGUUCAUUGGCCUGGUAGGGCUGAUAGAAGCUGGACCGAGAUAUCCAGGGAUAGCUGAUAGUGCCCUUGUCAGACAAAAACACCACGCUGCAAUACCACCAACAGAAAUACCUAGCUUGGCUGGUGGACGACGAGUGCCGACGCGUGCCGUUGCUACCAACGACCAGGAGGCGACAGUGUUGCGCUUCGACUCGGAAGUCAAGUCUGACGCCUACCAAUACGUAUACGAAACGAGCAAUGGAAUUUCCGCGCAGGCUUCUGGAUCUCUGCAGAAGGGACCUGAAGGCGAGGCCAUCGCCGUCCAAGGACAGUACCAGUAUGCGGCACCAGAUGGGACGCGCGUCGAAGUAAGCUACGUGGCUGACGACACCGGAUACCAUCCCACAGGUGACGUUAUCCCCACGCCGCACCCGAUUCCCGCGUAUAUUGCUCGCAGCCUGGAGUACAUCGCGGCCCACCCUCAGCCAGUCGAGAAGAGACUGUAAGAACACGGAUCUAACGGAACGGACUAAAGGACUUUUCAGACACGGCGGAUCCGUGAGGCUGUCUAAGGCAAAUUCUAACCAUGUGGAGUAAAAUAUCAUUGUACUGAAGUAAGGAUACGCCACCUCUGGCUUCGAAUUUGAUAGCGUAUAACGUAGAAGUGUUAUCAAAAACUUCCAUAAUCAAUUAAAUUUUGACGUGUAUUUAAAAUAAUACUUUCACGUUCCGCGCUAUUCAAAUUGCUUCAGAGCGACAAUUAUCUAACUCUAGAACACUGAAGCGUACUAGGUAUUGAUGUCGAACUAAGUCAACUCUGCUUGGCAAUGUCAUCAAUGUCAUCAUUCAAUGUCAAAUUUUGUUCAAAUGUCACCGGUUGAAACACGCAUAUUAGCGAGGAUUUCUCCUUGUCCGAAACAGCCCUAAACACAACGAACUCUGCUACGUAAUCAUAAGUAAAAAUCGAUAUUAGAGAGUAACACGAUGUUAUGUAAAUAAGAGCAAAUAUACAAAUAAAAUCACAGUGCUAUA